AUGAAGAAGUCAAGAGUCGGUGCGCGCGGGCCGAAUUUAAGUCGACAGGCUCCGCUGCUGAAGCGACCCCGUGCGUCUUUGCUGCUGCUGGCUGACGGCGAGGGGGUGCGUGCCGUGCGAGUGGGAACCCCAGUCGAAGCCAAACCAGAUCCAGGUUGGGCAGGAUUGGACCUUGGACAGGGACACGGGAGGAACCUUGGUAGGGGUGCGCCGGCUGGCGAAAUGUCAACGGACUGGCUUGGCUGCUGCUGA